GAUUGCUUCAAUCAACCAUCGACCGCGGAGUCAUCUGAAGACAUGGUGAGCGGUGCUUGCGGCUUUGCGGAAGUAUAAAAGUGAUUUCUUGAAUUCAAAAUCGAACCAUUCUAAGAAGUACAUCGGAACGAUCAAAUCGAUUUUACAAAUGGAUCUUAAACUGAUUAUAUCUUUUCUUGCACUUGUUGCCGCUGCAACAGCAACCAACUUCUACUCGACUGCGCCUAUUUACCAUACCUCCCCGAUUGGUGUUGCUCCUUUGGUGGCAGCUGCUCCAGCGGAUGAUUACAACACACAUCCGCAAUAUAAUUUCGCUUACGACGUCCAGGAUGGUUUGACGGGUGAUUCAAAGAGUCAGGUGGAAUCGCGGGAUGGAAAUGUCGUCAGAGGCAGCUACUCGCUAAUAGACGCUGAUGGAUUCAGGCGAACCGUGGACUACACUGCUGACCCCAUCAAUGGCUUCAAUGCUGUGGUGAAUCGGCAACCAUUAGCUGCUGUCGCUGCAGUUCCUGUUUCUUAUACGCAUGGGCAGAGCCUAGCGUAUCCUUCAGCGGCGGCUAUAAUAAAAACAUCAUACGAUUCCCCAGGUUUCUCAUACGCUUAUUGAAAAAAAUAAAUAAAUAAAUAAAUUGAGUGGAUAGUGUA